AAGAGGUAAGAGAGAGAAACAAACACUGUGUGUAAUCGAUCAAACAGAAAAAAACCAAAAAGGGGUCGCCGGCGUUUUAUUCCGGCUACCGGAGACACCAAAAGAACGCGGCGAAAUCAUAAAUGCGGCUGUGCAAUUUCAAGAAAGUUCAAAAAGAUCAAAACUUUGAACAAAUAAAUCAAAGAUAUUGUGAAUAAGCUUGUGAGUUUUAAAUCUUGAUUUUUGAAAGGGAUUAUGAGGUUUAAAUCGGCAGAGAAAUCAGACAAUGUUCAUCUAUCAUUAAGUGGUUAUUUGUUGUAUUUUGAGUUUAAUUUUGGGAAUUUAAAAGAUUGUUGAAAGUUUGAGACUUGUUAGGAUUUGCGUAUUUGCGGGUUUACUUCGAAAUAGAGGGAGGUAUAAUUGUAUAAUAAAGCUUCCUUUUGUGGGUUAGAUGUGAUUAUGGUUGAAGAUAAGUGUUUUUUGAGUUGGGGUUUGAAUAAAGUUGGAAACUUUUUGUUUUGGAGGGAGAGUUAGUUGGGAAUAGUGGUACUAAUUUUAGAAAAGGUUGAUUUCGAUUUCUAGGAUAAUGUGUUUAAGUUAUUCAUUGUUGAAGGGAUGUAGUUUGUUGUGGAAGAUGGAGUGAAGUCCUAGUUUAGUUGGUGAAAGUAGGGGCUUUAGAGAUUUUGGUUUUGGAAAAUUGGAAAUUUGAUGGGUUUUUGAGUGUUAUAUGGAAUUUUUGUGCUGAGAAAUGCAACCGCCACGACAGCAUUCGUGGGUCAAUCUUGUGGAAAUGAAAGGUCGGUUAGUUAAGAAGCUUGGGCUGGAGAGGUCUAAGCAGUAUCUUGAUUAUUUGAAUCGGUUUUUGAGUUUGAAGUUAAGUAAAGGUGAGUUUGAUAAGCUUUGUUUAAGGACACUCGGGAAAGAUAAUAUCUGUCUGCAUAAUCAGUUGAUAAGUUCAGUUUUGAAGAAUGCUUGCACAAAAGUUUCAUCCGGGUUACAUGAUGAUGAUUUAAGAACAGUUGGAAAUAAGAAAACUUCUGAUGGAGUUUACAAUCAAAAUGGGUCUGUUCCGGUUGUGGUCCAGGCUACAAGCUUGACUUUGUCGAAUGGAGAUAUACCGCUUACCUCCCCACGUAAGGCAAGGACUGGAUCACGUGAUCGCAGAGUUGUGGAUCGUAAAAGUUCCAUGGGGCCAAACAGGAAGACAAAUAACAGUUCUUUUUCACCAUCCAUUCCACAUUCUGGUGAACUUCAUGCUGUUUUACAGAAUGGGGAUUCAUCUUCCCUUGAAGAUCAAGAACUGAUGCAACAAGCAGGAAAUGGUGAUGUUACUGAUGUAAAUCAUGUAAAGCAGACCGAAUCAUUAGGUAGAAAAGCUGGGAAAGGCGUAUCCAAUAGAACUUCAUUACACAGUCCACUUGGGAUUCCCUUUUUGCCAGUUAGUAUAGGUGGGGCCCAGGCGGCUUUAACAUCAGCAAGUAGUAGUAAACGUGUCGGUGUUUUGCAUACUGAUGGUUUGUUAGACACAGAAACGUUGAAGGAACACAUGGAGCAGAUUGCUUCACUUCAUGGCCUGGAAAUGGUGUCAAUGGAUUGUGCCAAUGUGCUAAACAGAGGAUUAGAUGCAUAUUUGAAGGGUUUAGUUAGGUCUUGUACUGAACUACAUGUAGCUCGAUCCAUUCAUGAGCCAACAAAAAGCGGUUCUCCUAAUAACACGACUCUAAUGGGUCCCCUAAAUGGUGUCAGACCGGCCUAUCACCAUGAAGUUCAAAGUAGCGGCUGGCCUUUGGGUGUUAUACAAGAAAAUGAAGCGAAGCCUAAACGGGUAGUAACUUUGCGAGACUUUUCGGUGGCUAUGGAGCUUAACUGUAAACAGCUUGGGGAAGACUGGCCUGUUCUUCUGGAGAAGAUAUGUACACAUAAUAUUGAGGAAUAAAACUUGUAUCUGUUCAAAUUUCAAAGUCUUUAGUAUUUCAAUGUGGCUCAUGGUGUAUAAUAGAAUGUUACGGAGGGGGAUUUAAGUUAUUGGAUCAAGAUUCCGGGUCCACGUCAGCAAAAAACUGGAAUGGAACUGAAAAUUGAAAAGGGAAGACCAAUAUCGGUUAGCCUUGUUGUAUGAUUAGCAUCUCUAAGUCAAUAUUUUCUGCUUAUUCUUCUGUAAUUUAGUUGAUGAGUUAAUUUAGAAAAGUUUUGCAGGAAUAAUAUAUGUAGCUUGGUACUUCAUUAAAAUAUAGAGGCUUGCAUGAUUUGAGAUUUCCCGUGUAUGUAUUUUUUUAACACUAGAGAUAAUUUAUAUUAAAGAUUAA